GUGGUGGUGGUGGUGGUGGCGGCGGCGGUGGCGGCGGCGUCUCCGUGAGGAGGCGCGUGGGGCCAUGACGUCAGCGUCCACAAAGGUCGGAGAGAUCUUCUCCGCGGCAGGCGCCGCCUUCACCAAGCUUGGGGAGCUGACGAUGCAACUGCAUCCUGUGGCCGACUCUUCCCCUGCUGGUGCGAAGUGGACGGAGACGGAGAUAGAGAUGCUGAGGGCUGCUGUGAAGCGAUUUGGGGACGAUCUUAAUCACAUCAGCUGUGUCAUCAAGGAACGGACAGUGGCUCAGAUAAAGGCCACCGUGAAACGCAAGGUAUAUGAAGAUUCUGGCAUCCCCCUUCCAGCUGAGUCACCCAAGAAAGGGCCCAAGAAAGUGGCAUCUGGUGUCUUGUCACCUCCUCCAGCUGCCCCUCCACCCAGCAGCUCCAGUGUCCCUGAGGCCGGGGGUCCCCCCACAAAGAAACAGAAGGCUGAUGUGACACUCAGUGCUCUCAACGACUCUGACGCCAACAGUGACCUGGUGGAUAUUGAAGGGCUGGGAGAAACUCCUCCAGCCAAGAAACUCAACUUCGACCAGGACAGCCUGACCCUGGAUUCUGGCCUUCUCAUGACCUCUGCUGAUCCUCCUCUACUCUCCCGCUGAGCCUGCCACCUCUGACCUCUUUCACCGUUCACCCUGGACCUGUGGAUUGCCUGGGACUCUGAGCAAGGCCUACACAAGAGAGGGCCAAAAAGCUGCUGGGGCUGUCCACUUUGCUGUUCCUGUAUAAGCGUCUGCCCCCAACCCCUUUGCCCUCCAUCUGAUGGACAUUUUUAUACAGAAAACAAUAAAGAUUUCCCUCUCA